CGCCGACGUGGUUGGCUCCGGGGCUCGGAGUAGGGCUGCACACACCACUCCUCUCCCUCAUAUAUAUAUAAAGUCUCCUCCUUUGACCAUUUUGGCCUCUUACCUACGUACCCUUUCGAUUCUCUUCCUUCUCUUAUUUACUUUUUCUUUUUGGUCCAAAUAAUUUCCAAUUUUAAAAAAAAUUUAUUUCUCAAUAAAUAAAUCAAAAUACAAAAAAAAAAAAAAAAAAAGGGAAAAUCACACCAUUGUUGGUUGGUUCUUUCGAUCCGCGGCGACCAAAAGAGAUUGGAGACGACGAAGAAGAAGAACAGAGUUCAAAUUCAAAGAGAAGCAACCACCCGCCUCCUCUCCCCUGUUGGUUUGGUUAGGGAGUCUGAGGAGUGGCAGAGUUGUUUGUCUUAUGUUAGCUGAAUUAGAGAAUCGACCCACUUCUGAAGUCCCCUUUGAGGCUUCAAAUCUCUGACUCUGACUCUAAUCCAUGGGAGAGUGGGUCAUUGGAGCUGUCAUCAAUCUUUUUGGCAGCAUUGCCAUUAACUUUGGUACUAACCUUCUCAAAUUAGGUCAUAAUGAGAGAGAGAGACAUGCAAUGUUAGAAAGUGAUGGCACAAUUGCAAAGCAUUCUCUCAAACCCAUUAUAUACUUCCACACUUGGAGAGUUGGCAUUGUGUUUUUCUUUCUUGGAAAUUGCCUUAACUUCAUUUCCUUUGGAUAUGCUGCUCAGUCGCUUCUUGCAGCUUUGGGAUCUAUUCAAUUCGUGUCCAACAUUGCAUUUGCUUAUUUUGUGCUGAACAAAAGGGUGACUGUGAAGGUGAUGGUUGCCACAGCAUUUAUUGUUCUUGGAAAUAUGUUUCUUGUUGCUUUUGGCAACCAUCAGUCACCUGUCUACACACCGGAGCAGCUGGCAGAGAAAUACAGCAACAUUACAUUCCUUUUUUACUGCAUGAUUUUGGUAGUAGUUGUUGCCGUACAUCACUCCAUUUACAAGAGAGGAGAACUUUUGCAUGCUGUUUGUGCACAUGAACUUAGACCAUACUGGCAUACGCUACUUCCAUUUUCCUAUGCCAUAGUUUCAGGUGCUGUAGGAUCAUGCUCUGUAUUAUUUGCAAAAUCUCUCUCUAAUCUGCUAAGGUUGGCAAUGUCUAGCGCAUAUCAGUUGCACAGCUGGUUCACAUAUUCCAUGCUCCUCUUAUUUCUGAGUACAGCUGGAUUCUGGAUGGCCAGGUUGAAUGAAGGAUUGUCCCUAUUUGAUGCGAUUCUUAUUGUACCUAUGUUUCAGAUUGCUUGGGCAUUUUUCUCCAUUUGUACAGGAUUUAUAUAUUUUCAGGAAUACCAGGUCUUUGAUGCGCUUAGAACAACAAUGUUCAUACUAGGAAUGAUGUCUGUGUUCAUAGGCAUCACUUUGCUGGCACCUGAUGAACCAAAAGGUGCUGAAGUUAAAGAUAAUUCUUCUGUAGUUUCUGUGAUGUCUUCAAGCAUUUCAAAAGAAAUGGACAGGCUGGUUCUUCCAUCUGAAGAUGUAGUUAGCAGGGACCCAGGAACAUUAAUGCAAGUAGUGUUGAUGAAGUUGUCAGAUAUCGCGGUGAAGGCAAAGAAUGCAUGUGCAUUAUCAUUAGGUUUCGGAGAAGAUUCAAUCAACGCGUCAGCAGUGCUCGUGAUGCCAAUGGUAUCGUCGAAGAUCACAGGGUUUAGAGGAAGUGGAUUCGAACGGGGUAAGAUGUUCUCCAUGAGAAAUUCUGGAUGGAAUAAGAUCCCAAUGGAUGAUGAUGCUGUAAAGAUGCUAGACCAACUUCCUCAGAGCCCUUGAUCUCAAUUGGUUAAUUUCCAAAAUAUUUUUCACAUUUGUGUUCAUUUGUAUGUUUAGAAUUUAGAUGCACACGCACCCCUGUAUUGGUUGGUUGGUUGGUUGGUCAGUUCCAUAUUAAUUCAGUAAUUAUGGAACAUUCUUGUAUUUUAAGAAGACAAAAGUGUCUUAUGUUACACUUGUUUUUGUAUAUUCUUUACUUACAUGUACUACUUAAUAGAAGAAAAAAAGGAAAAAAAUUGAACAAGAAAGAAA